AUGGUAUUGAUCAAUGAGAAUGGGGACACCACUACGACGAGCUCGACGCCCGUCCUGGUGGCCCCUUGUUCUACACAGCAGCUCGACUGGAACUUCGGCAUCGAGCCUUAUCGGCUAUCUAUCACCGUCAACUCUACUUCAAGCACUACCAUGGACUUGGUCUCAUCAUACACGCUACAAGAGUACAACUGGACUAUCGUGCAACCGGUCGGAUCUACCAACCAGAUCACGCUAUAUGAUAGGACGGGAUUCAUUGGCACCACCGAUCUGUAUCAAGUGGUCUCCGACGGGAGAGACCCGACGGACACCUCCUGUUUGAGUACCAGUAGCAGUGCCAGCACUAGCGCGACAUCUUCCAGUACGUCUUCCAGUGCGUCUUUCGCUUCUUCGACCAUCCCUACCUCAUCUUCGACGGCUACUCACAGCACCGGCAACACCAGGUCAUCUUCCUCUCCUUCUACCGCGGCCAUAGCUGGAGGUGCUGCAGGUGGUGGCAUCAUUGUGACAAUCAUCUUUGCUGUGCUCAUCUGCCUUUGGCGUCGACGUCGGCGCGCACGGAACCGCGUCAUGGAGAUAGAUCCCGGCGACGAGGGCUUGCCCACGUACGCCGAAGUCGUGAUGCCGAUACCAACACCCCUUACUAGGUCCACUUCGCAAAGCGAGCUAGCAUCGACUCUGGUCACCUCGCCAGGUGCAAGCGGGAAGCGGGCCUUCGGUAACGAGAAGAGAUCAGCACUUCAUUCGGAUUUCUCUCCGGGAGAUGCAUCCCUAUCCCCAGAUACUACCGUGUCCGAGUCGUCGGCCUCCACAAUGCAGAUUCGGAAUCCAGACGCAAAGGCUCACUUCUAG